UUGUUUUGCUUUCGUCUGUCAAUCCGUCAGCUUCUCCGGGUUGUAAAAAGUUUGAUUGCUUUCCUUGCUUUCGGUAAAAAAAGUAAAAACCUUUAAAUUUGCCUAAUCUAUCCAGUAAAAUAAGUAAAAAAAGUUCAACUGCUGCACCAGUUUACACAUUUUGACCAUGUCCAUCGAAAUCGAAUCUGCUGACGUAAUCCGUCUGAUCCAACAGUACCUUAAGGAAUCGAAUUUGCACAAGACGCUGCAAACGCUGCAGGAGGAGACCGGAGUUUCCCUGAAUACGGUCGACAGCGUUGAAGGUUUCGUGUCCGAUAUCCACAAUGGCCACUGGGAUACGGUGCUGAAGGCCAUCCAAUCGCUCAAACUGCCGGAUAAGAAGCUGAUCGAUUUGUACGAGCAGGUUGUGCUGGAACUGAUUGAAUUGCGGGAACUGGGAGCGGCCCGUUCGUUGCUCCGGCAGACGGAUCCGAUGAUUAUGCUGAAGCAGCAGGAAGCCGAGCGGUAUAUCCAUCUGGAAAAUAUGCUGCAGAGGGCUUAUUUCGAUCCGAGGGAAGCUUAUCCGGAAGGUGGUAGCAAGGAGAAACGAAGAGCGGCCAUUGCCACUGCCCUGGCGGGGGAAGUUUCGGUGGUUCCGUCGUCCAGGUUAUUGGCUUUGCUGGGGCAGGCACUGAAGUGGCAACAGCACCAGGGAUUGCUACCACCCGGAACAACGAUCGAUUUGUUCCGCGGUAAGGCUGCCAUCAGGGACCAGGAGGACGAAAUGUUCCCGACGCAACUGUCCAGGCAGAUCAAAUUCGGUCAGAAGAGUCACGUGGAGUGUGCCUUGUUUUCCCCGGAUGGUCAGUACUUGGUCACGGGAAGCGUAGAUGGAUUCAUCGAGGUGUGGAACUUUACGACCGGAAAGAUUCGUAAGGAUUUGAAGUAUCAAGCGCAGGAUAACUUCAUGAUGAUGGAACAGGCGGUUUUGGCCAUGUCGUUCUCACGUGAUUCGGAAAUGUUGGCUACGGGAUCACAGGAUGGACAGAUCAAGGUCUGGAAACUGUUGACCGGUCAGUGUUUGCGUCGCUUCGAGAAGGCGCAUUCUAAAGGAGUCACAUGUCUGCAGUUCUCCCGAGAUAACAGCCAAAUUCUAACGGCUUCGUUCGAUCAUUUGAUUCGUUUGUAUGGACUGAAAUCCGGCAAAAUGUUGAAAGAAUUCCGUGGCCAUACAUCGUUCGUUAACGAAGCAGUUUUCUCACCAGAUGGCCAUAACGUGCUUAGCGCUUCCUCGGACGGAUCAGUCAAAAUUUGGUCUCUCAAAACAACGGAAUGCCUUUCGACCUUCAAAGCUCUUGGAAGUGACCUUGCAGUCAAUUCGGUCCUCAUGCUACCGAAAAAUCCGGAACACUUUGUAGUAUGCAAUCGAUCCAACACGGUAGUAAUCAUGAAUAUGCAGGGACAGAUUGUGCGAUCAUUCUCGUCCGGUAAACGAGAAGGUGGUGCGUUUAUCUGUGCGACUAUUUCGCCACGGGGAGAAUUCAUUUACUGCGCCGGAGAGGAUUUGGUGUUGUACUGUUUUUCGGUCACUUCCGGUAAGCUGGAGCGAACUUUGAACGUGCACGAGAAGGACGUCAUCGGAUUGACGCAUCACCCUCAUCAGAAUCUGCUGGCGACGUAUAGCGAAGAUGGUUUGCUGAAAAUGUGGAAGCCAUAAAUGACAUCUAAUGGCUACGUUUAGGGCUUAAGAUAUUGUAAUGCUUUUUAGUUGUAACGAUUGAUUUUGUGCGUGGAAUAAACAAACUAUGAUAAACGAA